AUGCCGAAUUAUCCUAACAUCCCUCCAGUGAAUGCGACAGGUGAAACGAUAGAUCUCUACGAGGUUCUCGGUAUCGAGAAGGGCGCCUCCAAAGCAGAAGUCAAGAAGGCAUACCACAAGGCUGCUCUCGCUCACCAUCCCGAUAAACAACCCGAACAUCUCCGUGAGGAAGCCGAAAUCAAAUUCAAAGCUGUUAGCAGUGCCUACGAAAUCCUUUAUGAUGACGACAAACGUGCCACCUACGAUCAGUUUGGAAUCGAAGGCAUCAACAACCCCGGCAUGGGAGGACCUGGUGGCAUGGAUUUUGAAGACUUUAUCAAUAUGAUGGGUGGGAUGGGUAUGGGCGGGAUGCCCGGCAUGCACUUUCAUGGAAUGCACGGAAUGCCCGGCAUGGGCGGCAUGGGCGGCAUGCGGGGAGACGGCCAAAAGCCUAGAGGAAGGGAUGUGGUUCACCAAUACGAAGUUACGUUGGAGGAGGUGUACAAGGGGAAGACUGUUAAGUUUGGAUCCUCUAGAAAUGCACUCUGUCCAUCGUGCAAAGGGUCUGGUGGUAAGGAAGGGGCGAAGCCAAAGGAUUGCAGCAACUGCGAAGGCACAGGUUCUACGACAUCCCUUCGACAAGUCGGUCGGAAUAUGGUCACAAGAGAGGAGGUUCCAUGCCCGGUCUGCCAUGGUAAUGGAAAGAUUUUCAAGGAGAAAGAAAAGUGCAAGAAGUGCAAGGGAGCCUGUGUCAAGGAAGAAAAGAAGGUCCUCGAGAUAUAUAUUCCCAGGGGUGCAAAGAAUGGGGAGAAGAUCGUUUUGGAAGGCGAAGCAGACGAAGUUCCUGGUUAUACCACCGGCGACAUAAUAUUCGUUAUUAAUGAAAAAGAACACGAAUCAUUCGCCCGCGCCAAUUCAGACUUGACUCAUGCCAUCAAGAUCACACUCAAGGAAGCCAUUUGCGGUUUCUCCCGUGUCGUUUUACAGCACCUCGAUGGGCGUGGUAUCUCGAUCGAACACAAGAAGGGCACGAUGCUUCAACAGGGUCAAGUCCUGAAAAUCGAUGGAGAGGGAAUGCCCCAUAAACGAGGCGAAACCAGAGGAGACCUGUACCUGAUCAUUGACCUAGUCUGGCCAGAUGAGGAGUGGUUGGCAGACGACAACAACAUCGCAAAGGCCAAAGCUGUUUUGCCUGACAGCCACACCCCAGAGUUUAAUGAUGUGGAGCACGUAGAUGAAGUUCAAUUCGUCCUGACUGAUCUCGACGCCGAUAAUGAAGGCGGGCCAGGAGCAGGUGCUUGGGAGGAUGAGGACUCCGACAACGAUGAAGAGGAAGGCGGAAACGUUCAAUGCCAACAGCAGUAG